GCCGGCACAUCGCAUCCUCCUCUCCGGCUUCCAGAAGCGGUGAGUGUGGGGGGGAGCCAACAGGGAGGGGUCCUUUCAUACCCUUCCUCUUCCUCCUCCUCCUCCAACUCCUCCUGCCACCCGGAGGUGUGCAGGCAGCGAUGGCCAUGGGAGAAGUGUCGAAGAAAGCGUCGGUGAGGAACGUGUCGGUGGAGAGAAAGAACCUCAUCACCGUGUGCAGAUUCUCAAUAAAGACGCUGUUGGAGAAAUACACAGCCGAGCCCAUCGAUGAUUCAUCCGAGGAAUUCAUCAAUUUCGCCGCCAUCCUCGAGCAGAUCCUCAGCCACCGAUUCAAAGGCUCUGGCAGCUGGUUCGAUGGACAGAGGAGUUACUGGGACUACGUCCGCCUGGCAUGUGCCAAAGUCCCCAACAGCUGCAUCGGCAGCAUCGAGAGCAUGGAAAACAUCAGCACCUCACGAGCCAAGGGCCGAGCCUGGGUGAGAGUCGCCCUGAUGGAGAAGAGACUGUCUGAAUACAUCGUUACUGCUCUGAGGGACAGCAGAACAACCAGGAGGUUAUACGCAGAAGGAGCCAUCAUGUUGAGGGAGGAAGCCACAGUUCUCACGGGGAUGCUCAUCGGUCUCGGAGCCAUAGACUUCAGUUUCUGUCUGAAGGGCGAGGCCUUGGACGGGAAAUCUGCGGCAGUGAUCGAUUACACACCGUACUUGAAAUUCACACAAAGCUACGACUACCAGAGUGAUGAUGACGAUCAGCGCAGUGUGGACAGCAGCAUGAGCGAUGACAGCGUCCCCGAUCACCCCUACGUCCCCCUGGUCACUGACGAGGAGAGCUGGAGCACAAAGUGUCGCAAGAUGGAGCAGAGGUUCAAGAUUGUCAACGCUCAGAAGGGUUACCUGGAGGAGCUUGUGCGCCUGCGUGAGUCCCAGCUGAAGAACACGGAGGCGGAGAACAAGAGCCUGAAGAACCGGCUGGAGGAGAUACACAGCCAGAGCCAUCUGGAGAAGAAGGAGCUGGAGGCCAUCGUCCUGGAGCUUCAGGAGCAACUGACAAGCUUGAUUCCAUGUGAUUCCAAUCAUCUGGCCAAAAACCUCUCGAUACCCCUGAUCAACGAGUGGCCGGCACUGCAGCCGUACAACAACCAAACGGACGUCAAGCUGUUCCGCAGGAGGAGCUUCCCCAGCACGGAGCUGCUGUCAGUGGAGCUCAGUCUGGAUUCAGACUCUCAUAGGACGGGGAAACAGAACGGAGACUGGUGCACAGAAAAGGACUACACCCCCUCCAUGAUGGGCCUGUGUGGGUCCUUGGCCUCGAUCCCGAGCUGCAAGUCUCUAAACAGCCUCAAGUCCAGUGAGUGCCUGGUUGACAUCAGCACAGAAAACAGUCCUGCGCUCUCUCCCAGCUAGGGGGCGCCAAAGAAACACUGCCAACCACUCAACAAACA